ACAUAAACACAUUUUGAAAGUUCUUCCAUUUUAUUAAUGAUGUUUUGCAAAAUUGCUGUAAAAGUUUAACGUGACAAUUUGUGAGGUUGAGGUGAAGGGCUUGUGAGUAUAUUGGUGUAAAUAUAUUGGCUUAUGUGUGUGACAGUGAAUGAAUGAGUAUUUUACAAUGAAAUAAAUAUCACAAAUUUGCUGGUAUGUCUGUAUUUGAUGUUCAUCACUAAACAAGACAUCCCUUCUUAAGGAUGUGAAAAGUUUUUACAUUUUAACAGAUUAAAUGACUUGUUUCAUAGAUUGUGACAGACUCGGCAGUAAGACCUCCAGGCCCCGCUGAUGGGGAUCAUAACGCGACUGAGGGCAGAUCUGAGGCAGAAUGGGUGCACAGAGGGUAGAGGUAGGAAGGACCCUGGUGGGGUUCGGUUAGAGCAGAAGUGGGCAACCAGGGACUUUUUCUGGUUUUCAUGUCAACUUCUGGCCUUAAUUAGUUAGCCAGAACAUUUACAUCAUCUGACAUUUUAGCUACAUUUCUUCUUAAGUGAGUGCAUGACAGCUGAAGACUGAAGUUCUUGUAUCCCUAAAUGAAAUGUUUUACUGCGAGUGAAGCAGUGUUGGUGUAUACAGCCAAUUAGCUCUUUUAACCAGGGUAACUGGAGGAAACCAAAAUCUGCAUGUACCCUCCAGGACCAGAAUUGGCCAUCCCUUGAGUUAGAAGAAGAGAUAGGGAAAGGGAGACACCCAAGCAGGUAAAGCAGAUAUAAAUAGGUGUUUUUAUGUGAAUGUACAGGUUAUGGAGCGAGCAGAAGCAAAGUAGGCAGUGGGUUCUGUAGAAGAAAAAGAGGCGAGGGGGGAAGAGACACCCCCCACUCAAUGAUUGACAGAGACAGGCCCUGACACUAAACAGCUGAGAGAGAAGCAUGGAGAUUAUGACUAAAAAUAGCAAAAUGGAGAGCAGUUUAUUUAGAAUUCGUUUGACCUUACUACAGUACAUGUGUCUCUCCCAGCUGUAAGAAAAAUACAUGGCAGUUGACUGCAUUGCCACAACAUGCACUGGAUAGUUUUACUUGGAUGGAAAUGUACUGAUUAAUAUUGCCAGUCAUAGUAACAAAGUGUCACCAAUCUCUCUUUGAAUGGUACUGGUAUUUGAAUGUGAGAAUGUGCUCUCUCUUUUUAACCAGUUCAAUGGCAGUACUCUACUGUACUUGUACUGUACUGAGUGUUUGUGGUGUCUUUUCGGAAAUCUGUAUACAUUAAUCCUUCAAUGAAUAUUGCUUGAAGGCCGCUGCUAAAUGAUGUUUAAUAGUGUGAAUAACAGUGGCCUUUAUUGAAGGGUUUUCGGUGCAGUAGGUCCAACUUGUGCUCCAUUGUGCAGACGAACGCAGGCAGCUGCGCCUUUAUGUCACUAAGACGCAACCCUUCGCACAUUCACCCACUCACCUUUGAACUUUGUGAAUGUGGGAGACAUGAUGCCUGCAGAGGAAAGGAUGUGUCAGGGCAGAGCAUGUGUCUGUUUCUGUAACUCCCCGUGGGAGGUGGGGCCAGAGGGGGUGGGAGUGGAGGGGCAAUAAUAACCACUGAGACUGGACCGAGGUGUUCGCGCGAGACGGACAGAGAGAAAGGAGUGCGUGAAGGGCAGAGAGCUGCACAAACAGGGAUCUGAAUAUUUGGGGGUGACCGCUGGAGUGAGUUGAUUCCGGAGGAUGGGAAGGUAAGAGGUGGGGGAAGGGGUGAGCGGAUAUGACAGAUAAGUGGGCUACGUGCUUGUGAGAGAGACCCCAGCAGCACAACGAGCACUGCGUUGCAGGACUGUUGUAUCGCCUUGGAUGACUAAAGAACUCACAGGACCACAGGAUUACUGCCUCAGGAUCAUUAACAUCUGUGAAAUCUGGACCACUGAAGAGAACACUGUUUGAGAAUCUUAAAAAUUCGCUUCAUUAGCAGGCACACUGAAGCACUGGAUUGCUCCACUAUCAUAUAGACAGUUAUCUGGAUUAAUUGGCAUAUAUACCUUCAGGAUUACAACAGCACUGAAUGGCUAAAACAUCAACAGUGGAUUGCUGAAAAACGUUGCGGAGUCACUUGAUUGUUACUAAAGGGACCUUUUGUAUCUUUUUAAUUAUUUGGUCACAAAGUCAUUGGAGUUUUGAAUCUCCAUACCCCCCAGCAGAUUGUAAUUAUCAGAUUAGUGUCACUGGAUAAACAGAAUUAGAGAUCAUCCUCUGGAUCUCUGGAUCACCCUAUCACAGGCAGGUGGUCAGAGGCACAAGCUGUCCGUUGUCGUUUGAGUGCGAGCGGGAGGUGAGAUCGGAUCCAGGCACAGAUGUUUCUGAACUCGGUUCUUGUGGCGGUGACCAACCUCGCUGCCGGGCUCCUCGGCAAUGCCUCCUUCCGGCGGCACUUCCACCUGCUACUGUCGGCCGUGGUUCUGUUCGGGCCCGCUCUCAGUCUGUGGGGGAACCAGUACAGCAUCUUCGCCAAGAAGAGCCACUUCCUGUACAGGAUGUUCUUACGCUCUGGCUGGGGGUGGACCUGUGUCUUCGCCGGGUCCUUCGUCUUCCUCCUGUCCUACACCGUGCGCCAGUCCUUCGGUCUCUCCCUGAGACACGUGUCCCGGCUGGCAGUGGCAGGGGGGCUGUGGAUGGGGUUCCGACGGCUGCUGGCGCUGCUGGGGGACGCCACAGGGAGCUGUUACGAGCCCCUCACGGCCCCCCUGGAAGGCCAGGUGACCAAGGGCCUGGCCGAGCCGGGGCAACCCCUGCUGCUGCUGAGGGAAGACCUGACCAAGGCCGUCUGCCUCAACAAGGGCAUGCUGUGGCGCGGGUACGAGGUCUCCGAGGAUACCUUCCUGCUGUGCCUGUGCUGUCUGCUCCUGGUGGAGGAGGUGGCCAUAUUCGGCCCCUACUUGGCCCUGGGGGGCCCCUCGGGGGCCCCGCUGCGCCUGCUCUUCCUGUUCUGCGUCCUCCUCCUUGAGCUCUGGGUCUUCCUUCUGCUCUGUCUGCUGGCCUACUUCCCGCAGUUCCCCAGCCAGCUGCUAGGAGGUGCUCUGGGCUGUUUGAGCUGGAGGGCGCUGUACCAGGGCUGGUAUCGUCAAGGGCCCAGCUGGUACUGCCCCGGUCGGCCUGGGGUAGGGCUGCUCACCACUCAGGGUCAGAAAGAUGGUGUGAAGGACAAUGGCAGGCCUGCAGCUAACGGGGUGGAGACCCAUUAAAAAAGAGGAGCGCCGAUAGAGAGGGAGAGCAUGAGAGGAGAGUGGGGGGUAACGUAUCUCUGUAGGGAGUGUAGUGGUGAGGAACCGACGCAAACCCGGAGUAAGAGAGUGUCACGGUCCAUUAUAGCCACACCAGCUCAACACAAAGAAAGGAAUAAGCAUUCUGCUAGGUUUUACCAAAAACUUUGCCUUGAAUGCAAAAUAAUGAAUUGGAAUUGAAAGUAAAAAUGGAACACUGUGACUGAACGGGGGUGUGGUGGGAAAAGAGUGUGUGUACAGCAUGAGCUUGGUUGAGUUUUCUGGCUCCUGAUUGGUUCUCAUUCAUACAGUCUUCUUUACCACUUCUUAUGCCUUAGGUUCAUACUGUUGAAUCUAAGACCUGCUAAAGAUCACAGCCAGUAUUGCUAAAUAAUGCCAAAAUGUACCUAAAAAUGUAUCUAUAACUACUGUCAAAACUACUGUAAAACAUCCACUGGAUAUAGUUUCAUAAAUUCCCUAAAUCUGAAACAGUGUAGCUGCAUAUUAUGUUUCAACCCAACCGUAAUUAGAUCACUACACUAAUACUGUGUCAGCAUUUCUGUGCAAGUAAGACCACAGUUCAGAUACUGUACACAUCUACCAUCAGUGUAGCAGUGCUUCAGAUUCUGUGCACAUCUACCAUCAGUUUUAGAGCAGUACCUCAGAUUCUGUGCACAUCUACCAUCAGUGUGGCAGUGCUUCAGAUUCUGUGCACAUCUACCAUCAGUGUGGCAGUGCUUCAUAUGCCGUGCACAUCUACCAUCAGUGUAGAGCAGUACUUCAGAUUUCAUGCACAUCUACCAUGAGUGUAGAGGAGUGCUUCAGGUACAGUAUACAUCUACCAUCAGUGCAGAGGACUGAUUCCUGAAUGAUACAAUAGCAUAAAUCUAUCUCCUAUUGGAGUACGGUAUCUUAAAUGCAACCAUUGUACCCACACAAAUUGUUUGCUCACACCAAACUCAGUGAUAUAUCCAUCCAUCCAUCCAUUGUCUAUACCCGCUUAUCCUGAUCAGGGUUGCGGGGGGUGCUGGAGCCUAUCCCAGGAUGCAUUGGACAAGAGUCAGGAAAACUCAGUGAUAUAAGUAAUCUCAUUGUUAAGAUAUCAAGUGCUAAUAAUGACCAGAUUCUGUGGCACACUGUGAUGCAUAUGCACUAUGGGACAAUGGGCUAAGCAUGGGGUGGGGGUGGCGUGCAAGACCUGACAGCCCUUUCCUCACUCAGGGCAUUAUUGACCUUGUUUCAUUAAUGUUAAUUGCCUUGAGCUUUAUCUUGGCCUCCUUAAGAUGUAAUCAGCUAUUGAUUACAGGAUUAUACACCCAACGUUUAACUGGAAAAUCCAUUCCAUUUGCACAAAUUGGUACCUGGUAAUUAAGGAUGCCCUGGAAAUAUAACUUAAAUCUACCUUGUUAUGAUUUGACAGGGAAAUCCAUUGAUGUAAACAUGGCAGUAAGAUAGGAAUGGUGCUAUAUUCAGAUGGAACUCAAAGGAAAAAUGGACAAAUAUGGGACUAAUCUGUUUCUUUCGGCACUGUGAAACACUAGGUCCACACUUUGUUGUGUAAUGUGAACUUUGUCACAGAUGGGACACAAUCACAAAUAAAAACUACCUUACAAACUGAUUAAA